AUGCGUCCUUCAACCCAGCUGCAGUCCCCAACUGGCGUUUGGUUUCUCAGCCAAUUGAUCCACAUGUUGUCAAUCACAUGUGCAUAUGGUACCCAUAUCAAUGCUCCACCAUCUCUGAAAGUCUCGUCUGAAAGCGCUCCGGAACUGGAAACUCUGUCAAAUCCCGAAUCCAAAUCUACCCUUUGCACGGGCACUGCCUCACGAGAUCCCAAGAUAUUCACCAUCCCUCCAAAGGUUCAAAAUGGAGUCGCCGACGCCAGAUUCAACAUGUCAACACCAACCCCUCAACUGAGCGUCGAGAGCGUAUCCAUCCUCGACGCCCCCCAGUUGAGCAUGAUCAACUCCUCCGUUUUCGACUGGUGGUACUUUGAUAUUGUUUCCACCAAUGACCCCCGAGAAACAGUCACAGUGACCUUUUUCACAUCCACUGCAAAUGCAUUUCCGUGGCUGCCAACGAACGAAAGCUCCGUGCUGAUUGCCUAUCUCUGGGUGUCUUUCUCAAAUGGAACCGUCUUUGAGGAUUACGUGCCUGCAACGAUCGCGACAGUUCAAGAGCCGGGAACGGAUGGAACCGGUAUAUCUGGAGUUGGGAAUUGGUCAUCGACAGGCUUCAGUUGGACCUCGACCAAUACUGAUUCAUCCAGGUAUACCAAGGUUAUGGUCUCAUCGGACAAGCUUCAGGUCUUGGGCGAAUUCUCAUUGACCUCGACACUAGAGCCGCAUCUACCCUGCGGAGUUACUGCCAAUAUCAGCACUCUGGAAGUUGCACCUCACGUAGGAUGGGCUGCUCUCGUACCUGAUGCCGCCGGAAGUGCAGAUAUCACGGUUGUGGGCUCGCGUCUGCAAUUCCAAGGCCCAGCAUACCAUGACAAGAACUGGUCCGAUCGACCUUUCGUUGCAUCCGUGUCAAGCUGGUACUGGGGUCAUGGCCAAUUGGGGUCAUAUUCCGUUGUUUGGUUCAGCUACCUGGCCUUGAAUGAUCCUCAACACAGGGAGUAUGUGAGCAGCUAUGUGGCGCGCAAUGGGACCGUCAUAGCUUCAUCUUGUCAGACAGACUCUGUCAGAGUCCGUCCGAUCGGGAGCUCUGGCACAAGUGCGCGAUAUCCACCAAAGGCAGGGGAUGUGCCCGAUGGAUUUCACCUCGCCUUCAACUUGGGAGCUGACGGUUGGCUGAGGGCCAAUGUUUCCGGGACUCGGAUCGCCGGCGACGGUGAGUACUACUUUCGGUGGGCUGGACACAUCACCGGCGAGAUUUAUGAGGGGAGCUCUGCGGCAAACGAACAAGAUAGUUCGUGUUUACAGGCGAGCGAGGGAGGAUCUAUAGUCACGGAUGAGCCCAUGAUGUCAGGGAGCGCGAUCUGGGAGCAAUUUGUUCUUGAAGAAUAG